AUGCCAAAUAUUAAACCAGGAAGAGUCAUAACAAAGGAAUUUAGUAAUCGAGCAACAAGUGUGGAAAUCAAUGAAUCUGUGCGUGAAAAUGUUUUUAUUGUUCAAAGUGGUUGUGGAGAAAUCAAUGAUAAUCUUAUGGAAUUAUUGAUUAUGAUCAAUGCAUGUAAAAUAGUUUCAGCAUCACGAGUCACUGCCGUCAUUCCAUGUUUUCCUUACGCACGACAAGAUCGAAAAGAUGAAAGUCGAGCACCAAUCUCAGCGGAACUCGUCGCCAAUAUGUUGAGUGUUGCUGGUGCUGACCAUAUCAUCACAAUGGAUUUACAUGCAUCACAAAUUCAAGUAAAGAAAACAACACGGGAACCGGCUGUUAUUCGAUGGAUUUGUUUACAUAUUCCAGAUCAUAAAAAUGCUGUUAUUGUCAGCCCGGAUGCUGGAGUGCUGGUUGGUGAUAUCACCGAUCGUACUGCUAUUCUGGUUGGCGACAUAGCUGGUAUGUAA